UCAGAAAGUAUGCAGAUCUUUGUGAAAACUCUGACUGGCAAGACCAUCACACUUGAGGUAGAGCCCAGUGACACAAUCGAGAAUAUGAAGGCCAAGAUCCAAGACAAAGAAGGAAUCCCACCAGAUCAGCAGAGAUUGAUCUUUGCAGGAAAGCAGCUUGAAGAUGGCCGCACUCUCUCUGACUACAAUAUCCAAAAAGAAUCUACUCUUCACUUAGUUCUUCGUCUGAGAGGUGGUAUGCAGAUCUUUGUCAAAACUCUCACUGGCAAAACCAUCACCCUCGAAGUGGAGCCUAGUGACACUAUCGAGAAUGUGAAAGCCAAGAUCCAAGACAAAGAAGGAAUACCACCAGAUCAGCAGAGAUUGAUCUUUGCUGGAAAGCAGUUGGAAGAUGGUCGCACACUAUGUGACUACAAUAUCCAAAAAGAAUCCACCCUCCAUCUUGUGCUUCGUCUUAGAGGUGGUAUGCAGAUCUUUGUGAAGACCCUGACCGGCAAGACCAUCACCCUUGAGGUAGAGCCUAGUGACACUAUCGAGAAUGUGAAGGCCAAAAUCCAAGACAAAGAGGGUAUCCCACCCGAUCAGCAGAGAUUGAUCUUUGCUGGCAAGCAGUUGGAAGAUGGUCGCACACUAUGUGACUACAAUAUCCAAAAAGAAUCCACUCUCCAUCUUGUGCUUCGUCUGAGAGGUGGUAUGCAGAUCUUCGUGAAGACCCUUACUGGCAAGACCAUCACCCUUGAGGUUGAACCCAGUGACACUAUUGAGAACGUCAAGGCCAAGAUCCAAGACAAAGAGGGUAUCCCACCCGAUCAGCAGAGAUUGAUCUUUGCUGGAAAGCAGUUGGAAGAUGGGCGCACACUGUGUGACUACAAUAUCCAGAAAGAAUCCACCCUCCAUCUUGUGCUUCGUCUUAGAGGUGGUAUGCAGAUCUUUGUGAAGACCCUGACCGGCAAGACCAUCACCCUUGAGGUAGAGCCUAGUGACACUAUCGAGAAUGUGAAGGCCAAAAUCCAAGACAAAGAGGGUAUCCCACCCGAUCAGCAGAGAUUGAUCUUUGCUGGCAAGCAGUUGGAAGAUGGUCGCACACUAUGUGACUACAAUAUCCAAAAAGAAUCCACUCUCCAUCUUGUGCUUCGUCUGAGAGGUGGUAUGCAGAUCUUCGUGAAGACCCUUACUGGCAAGACCAUUACCCUUGAGGUUGAACCCAGUGACACUAUUGAGAACGUCAAGGCCAAGAUCCAAGACAAAGAGGGUAUCCCACCAGAUCAGCAGAGAUUGAUCUUUGCCGGCAAGCAGCUGGAAGAUGGACGCACACUGUGUGACUACAAUAUCCAGAAGGAAUCAACACUGCAUUUAGUACUCCGUCUGAGAGGUGGCUGUUAG